ACUACACUAAUCUCUCUCUUUCUCUUUCUCUUUUUUCUUUCUCCUUUGCAUUGUUUUUCUCACUCGCUCACUCGCCGUUUCUUCUUCCUUCCUUCCUUCUUUGGUUCACUUCUCUCAUAACAUCACUGCAUGUUUCUCUCAUAAGACUCGACGAACCAUUCCUCUCCGAAAAAAUGUCUGCUCCUUCUGGCGGUGACGGAGGAGGAGGAGAAUCAGCUGCUGGAGUGAGUUCGUCGUCUCUUGCUCCGUCGUCUCUACCGCCGCCUCGUCCUAAGUCUCCGCCGGAGUAUCCAGAUUUGUACGGGAAACGCAGAGAGGCGGCGAGAGUUCAGAUGCUCUCGAGAGAGAUUGGUUUUCUCGAGGGGGAAAUUAAAUUCACUGAAGGCGUACAACCGGCUUCUAGAUGCUGCAAAGAGGUCUCUGAUUUUGUUGUUGCAAAUUCUGACCCUUUGAUCCCUGCACAACGAAAGAGUCGAAGAUCUUGCCGGUUCUGGAAGUGGCUCUGUGGCCCGUGUUUGAGCCUGGUGAGUUUCUGCUGUUGCUGCCAAUCCAAAUGUUCGUGCCAUCUGAGGAAACCCAAGUGCUGCAACUGUACAUCUUGCAGCUGUAUUGGGUCCAAAUGCUGCGACGGGUCGUGCUGCUCAAACAUUUGUUGUUGCCCGAGACCAAGCUGCCCGAGCUGUUCAUGCUUCCGAGGUUGCUGCUGUUCAUGUCCGGACAUGUCUUGCUGCAUUCCCAGCUGUUUCCGCAACUGCAGUUGCACUCGACCGUCGUGUCUGAAUAAAAAGAAGAGCUCAUGCUGCAGCUGCAACUGCAAGAUCAGAUGGUCAUCUUGUUUUAGAUGUCCCAAGGUACGACUUUGUUCUUGUUGUUUUUGCAAUUGUAAAAAUCUAUGUUCUAAUCCUUGUUGUUUAGCAUUCUAAACAUUAUUCUUCUAUAAGUAAUAUUUUUUUGUUUCAAAUUUUUUCUUUUAUCUCUUAAAGGAAGCAACUCUUUCUUAUUUUU